AUUAUUAGAGAAGAAUAUUAUUAUGGUGGGAAGCAGGUGCGCGAAGCAGCAUUAGAAAUCAUCCAAAACUUGAUGCUAGCGCAAAUUGAGAAGGCAGAAUUAUCAUCCAACAAAGAUUCUUGUAAGGACAUCUGAACAUUCAACAUGAACUACCAGAAGGUGUACAUGAACCAGAUCUACUCGAGUUCCAUCAUGAGGCAGGUGGCUCAGAUGUGGAAAAACCAGCUGCUGUGUGACGCAGUCAUCAAGACAGGAAACACUCAAACAAAGGCUCACAGAUUGGUCCUGAUUGCUGCCUGCCCAAUGCUUCAGCACAUGGAAAAUGCAUCAGUAGGAUCUCAUCUGGAAGUACGACUCAAUUCUGAUAUAAAACAGAACUCUAUUAAUACAUUCUUGCAGUAUUUGUAUGAAGGCUAUAUGAUGUUGACAGAAGAAAACUGCAAAGAUGUUGAGAAAAUUGCGAAACUUCUGCAUGCGGACAGUGUAGCAAAAUGCUGUGUUGAUUUUCAAAAGUGUUUAAAUGCUAAAUCUGGUAUGUCAUCAUAUGAAGGUGCUAAUUUUGAGGUGCAGGACAGUGUAGAAUUCCGUUAUGUCUGUUCUACAGACAUACAAAAGACUGUGCAGGAUGGUGCGAUGAAGAGAUCCUCUGAAAGCAGUGGAAGACCUCCUAGUCCAGGUAGCAAGAGGGCAAGAGUGCAGUCUGGGGGUCCAGGCAUGAUGGGUAGAGUUGAUGAUAGGUUCAGCAUGGCACACAGUUACACACAAGACCCAUUUGAACGUGUUCCAAGGCUUGGGUCAGGUUACCAACAACCAAAGCCACAACCAGGGGUAAUCGAAAUUCUAGAGGAUACCAUAGAGAUGGUAACAUCUGAACCUCCAGAAAGAGAUCCAGAUGGGUGGCCCAGGAAGUCAGAUAGACCCCCGAUCCAGAAAAGUAUGUCUAUAUCUGUUGCUGGCCAGGUGAAAGGUGGAGACAGCGACUUACAGAUAAUAGAUGUUUCAAGUUUAUCAGUACCCUCACAAAGCAAACCAUCAAAUACCAGUAGAGUGCGUUCAGACUCUACAAAUGAUAGACCUUCUACAAGUUAUGACAUUUCACAGCCAGGAAGAUCAACACAGAGACAGUCUCCAUACAGUUCCGACCAGUCCCAGUCUCCAAGGACUGAAGUAGAUGGAUCUUUCCAAAGACAGCAACAACAGUUCAGCCAAUCAGCAGCUGCUAAACAGACACAGCCAAGAGCAGCACCACACCCAAGUCACCCUCCACAGCUGAAGCACAUGUCAAUGUCUGGUGUACAAAACUCUCAAAAGUCCUUUGCUGCUGGCAGUCCUUCUCAAGCCAGCUUUGCUGCAGGCAGUGCAUCGCAAGUUAGUUUUACAGGGGUUAGCAGUUCACAGUCAAACAGUCCUCAGAUACCACCCACCCCUGCUAGCACUACUGCCAUGAGUCCCAGGAAUGUUGCAGAAUCUACUCCAACAUUGCCAUCACCCACUAAAUCCUUAACAGAAGCAUCACGAAGACAACAAACAGUUGUGAUUGACCAGCCUCCUACAGAUAAUGCUCAACAAGGUCAACAGGCACAAGAGCAAUCAGCACACAAAUCUCAAGAAAAAGACCCAGUUAAUCAGAAAUCCAUUGAGAUGCAUGCUGAAGAUGUAGAAAGGUUGCUGGCUGCAUCUGAGCCUGUAGCUUCUCAGAGUGGGAAUACUGGGGAAAAGUCUAAAGAGUCUGUUGCUGACUUGACUGUAAUCAAGAUAGAGGAGGAGGAUGAGGAAGAUACUGGGGGUCUGGACAUGUAUGUAGACGUCCCUGACGACAGCAAGCAGCCCCUUAAUCUGGGCAGUCGGGACGAUUCCACGGAACAGAGUGAAAUAGAAGACCCUCCAGGGGACUGGUCGAGAGAAGAUUUCUCCAAUGAAAGUGGCAGUUUUGGUGCAGAUCCAAAUAUCUCGUGGCAAGAUGCAUCCUUUAAUAAAGGAUCCUCUGUGGCGUUCCAUAGUCCACCACAGAAAGGUGUUCUCUCCUGCCCAGAGUGUAACGCCGCUUUUUCCAGCAUGCGGUAUCUUAUAGAACACAGGAGGGUGGACCAUAAGUCGGUGUACGUAGCUUUUUGCGAUGCAUGUGGGAAAGGCUUCAAAUCGGCCUCGGGAUACCACAUCCAUAAGAAAAUGUUUCACAGUGCAGAAUGCAACUACCCGAUGUGCAAGAUUUGUGGAAAGAAAUUCGCAAGUUCGAGUAGACUUCUCGUUCAUUUGAGAUCGCAUUCAGAUCAGAGAAACUUUUUCUGCUCGAAGUGUGGAAAGUCUUUCAAAUACGAAGGAUGUCUGAAAAAACACGGCGACACUUGUAGAUAGAUUUUAAAUGUAUGACAGAUCUGGCAUUUGGUACUACCUUGUAACUAUUGAGGUCAAAUUGUUUAAUGUUUUGGUUUGUUAUAAUUUUCAUUAUCACAUAUUAUGAAAUUGUCUUGACCUUACUGUGGUUUCAUGAUUUGCAGUUUGUGGUUUUGCAAUGGAAAAUACAAGUGUAUCAAAACUAAACAGGUGCACUUCUUUCUGUGCACGAGUAAGCAAGGCAAUUGGAAACUUUGUCCAAAAUUUAAUCGUAUUCAAUAAUCGAAGAUCUAGGACUUCUGAAACCAUGCACUGGAUUAAAUAGUCGUCGAAAUUUGCGUUAAUGAAACUUUCUCUUUACACCUGCUUAUUUACUGUCAUUCAGAAAAUGUAUUAUUAUCAUUUUUUUUCUUAAUUAGUUGUGAAAGAAAUGUUUCAUUACGAUGGCAUUAUAUAUUCUGCCCGUGUCGUAAUGGAAUUGUUCUCAAUAACGCUAGAAAUUAAAAAAAAAAAAACCUUCGCAUCAAUGAGUAGUAGCAUCGAUUUGCUUUAUAAUGAUUGUAACUUUAAAUGACGAUUGUCAACAGACGUAGCAAACUAAUUAAUCUUACACGGAUCCAGAAAAAUGUCCAGGGGGGAUCCCAGGGAUAACUGUUUGGAUAAUAAUUUGCGAUAUAAUCAUGUAGGAUCUGAUCCAGACAACAGAUGUAUAUUACACGUACUUCGUGAUUGUAAAAUUAAGCAUAGUAAAUUUUAGAUACAAUAAAACGGUGUUUUAUUUUUAUGUCAAAUGGUGAACAUGUAUUGCCGGAUUACAAAUGGUAGCUUACUAAAGUUUCAUAAACCAGUUCGUGAGUAUAUGUAUAUAU